UUUUAGGGAAAUCGUCACAUAUACAUACACAUACAAAUGGUUAAUUGAGCACUUGAGCACUUGAAUACGGAAAGGGGAGGUUGGGAAACAAGUUAGGUUUCUAAUGAAGAGCUGUCAUUCUAGAUCGCAGGAUUCCAGGCUAGCAUGGUGCGAACAGAAGUUGAUUGGCAGUACACUGCCGAGCGAUCGGAUAGAUCGAGUCUCAGUAUAGUGAAUGGAACGUAUUGGCCGAGAGGGAAGAUGUUGGGUGGAACAGGUGCGAUGAAUGGUAUGCAGUAUAUUCGUGGCAAUCGGGGGGAUUACGACGAGUGGGAGAAACUGGGUAAUCCGGGUUGGGGAUGGGACGAGGUGUUAGAAUAUUUCAUCAAGUCCGAAGAUAACAAAGAUUCCGAAAUUGUGAACGGGUAUGACGGGAAAUACCAUGGCGUAGGAGGAUACAUGAGUAUUGAAAUCUAUAAAGACUCCAAUUCGUACAAUGAAGUUCUUCUAAAGGCUACGGCCGAAGCUGGAUUCAAACAGUUGCUAGAUGUCAAUGCGGUAGAUCAUAUAGGAUACGCAAAAGUGCAAUAUAACAUAGAAGGAGCAACAAGAUAUACUUCCGCCAAGGCCUUUUUGUGUUCCGUUCAAGAUCGGCCGAAUCUACACGUUAUGAAGAAUACGCUGGCAGUAUCGCUGCAUUAUGAUUCCGGAAACAGUGUCCAUGGCGUGAACAUGAUAGUUCAGAAUCAGUUUUCUCUGAGAGCUUUAGCCAAGAAAGAAGUCAUCAUUUCGGCGGGUUCGAUAAAUACUGCUCAACUUCUGAUGUUGUCAGGAAUAGGGAGACGUGAAGAUUUGAUGCCGCAUAAAAUACCUCUACGGAUGGAAUCGAACGUUGGGGGUAACCUGCAAGAUCACGUAUAUGUUCCUUUGUUUUUCGGGUUCAAGCGACAAAUUUCCGACGGUUACGGAACUGAACGCGCGCUAGUUAAUCUGUUUGAAUUCACUUUGCUCAAUAGGAGUCAACCUGUUUUCCUCGAUCGAAUAGACAACGUAUUGGGUUUCGUUAACACAAAAAGUAAAAACGCAGCGUUCCCAGAUAUCCAAUAUUUGAACAUGUUCUUUGCCAAAGGAGAUUUGAACGCACUCAGAUUUUUCAACGAUACUGGUUACAAUACAUUAGUGCUAAAUUCCCUCAGAGAUCAUCUGCGCCAACAAGACAUAGCCGUUGUAUUUGUCAUCGGAAUUGAUCCUAAAUCUCGCGGAAGAAUUCGUCUCACUUCUGCUAAUCCGUAUCACCAUCCAUCAAUUAUGACUGGAUAUUUCGGUGAGACUGACGACAUAACCAUCAUACGCUAUGGAAUCCGUAUCCAACAGGAUCUAUUCGAAACCAACACGUUUCAAAACUUGGGAGCAGAACUGUUAAAACUGAAUCUACCGGAAUGUUAUUUACUGGAAUAUGACUCGGAUGAUUACUGGGAGUGUUAUGCGAGACACAUGAGUACUACCCUCUAUCACCCGGUGGGAACGGCUAAGAUGGGUCCCGAGACGGAUCCGGAAGCGGUGGUUGAUUCUCGGUUGAAGGUUUAUGGAAUCGAUCGGUUGAGAGUAGUGGACGCCAGCAUAAUGCCAACGAUUACUAGCGGGAAUACCAACGCCCCUACCGUGAUGAUAGCUGAAAAAGGUUCAGAUUUGAUUAAGAAUGAUUAUCUCUGACGGUAGAGACGUGUAGACUGUUGUAUAAAUACCUGGUAUAGUCGUAAGUUCUGUCAGUGAGCUAGCUAUUACUGCCAGCAGAGAAAUUUGAAGCAAAAAAAAGUAACAUUGCGGUCGUGUAUUGUUUUGUCCCUCCUUGACUCCCACCAGGUUUCGCGUCCCAUUUAUUCAGUUCUCUAGCAACGAUGAAGUUCGGUCUGUACGAGAAGCGUGUGACAACUGUCGUGUUGUUCGAGUGCGGAAAGACAAUCUACGAUCUUUCCUCCUCCUUCUCUAAAGGUCUUCUGGAUCAGUUUUGCUUCGUUUCACCUCUACAAAACUAAAGAUCAACAAGGGCACCACGAAUGUACUGAUCACGCGUACCUUAUUCCCCGCGUUAACCCUCCUGUACUCGCGUGCAAAAUCAUAACACGUAUACUCGCGCACGGUGUCACAGACUGAAAAUUGAACUUCUCUGUAAUGUUGCCAUUGUGUAUUUUUCAGUCUUUAUUGGCAUUUAUUUGAAGAAGAGAGUAUGACUGGAUGAUAAAACUCCAAAAAAUAUGUUUUCUUCAUCUUUAUUAUGUUUUAAUAGUCAUCUAAUUCAGCAUCCUCAAAACAGAGUAAUUUUUUAUACUCCAACACAAAUAACGAAAUUCGAAUUUUUCACUGUUAUUAAUUAAAAGUAAGCGACUGAAUAUAAUUUAUGGAAGUAUAAAGAGCUAUAAAACACCAUAAAAUCGCAUUGAUCGAUUGUGGUUUCAUUGGAGUAAGAAUCAGAACAUAGCAUAACUGCAUGCUCGAAACAAACAUAUUUUUUACAUUUCAUGCAGUUGUUGCGUAUCGAAAAGAAGAAUAUAUAACGACAUUCUAGAUAAUUACCAGAUGAUAAAGGUUCUGGAAUAUAAAGUUUGCAUAUUUCUAAUAUUCUUUGUUUCUGUAUUCUUGGUAAAAUAAGAACUAAUGCCUUUUUUUAGAUGGGGCAUGAAAAGAUUAUAUAAAAGGAUUUCUAGGAACUUCCUUUCCUUUUUCUUGUUUUCUUGUCGAUAUUGUCCAUUGUAAAAAAUAUCCCCGAAACUGUAAUUGUUAAAAAUUACCAUAAGCCACCGAAUAGUUUAUAGUUUACUGUUUACAAUUCUUCCACAAGUGAAAUUCUUUCAAAAGUGUGUGUAUAUAUAUGACCAUUAUAUUUAGCGAAUAACUAUACGAAAGUCAAACAUUUAUAUUUUGCUUUUGAAUGUAUGAAUCUAACGACAAAUAUAUCGACGAAUAGUUAAUAUAUGGAUCCGUUCAAUCCAGCUACAAAAGGGACUGAAAUCAAAUGAGAAUAGUCAGGUAAUGAUCUUAUGCAUUAUAUGCAAUAAAUAUUCCACGCCACUAACAUAAAUUUAUACAUUUCAUUCCACUGUUUGUAAAUCGCUUGUCCAACUAUGGCAGCGUCGAUUCCAUGCGUAUUUUCCUUGCAUCAUUCCUGCUUUUCUGUGAGGAAGUUGGAUUGUUCGCAGUGAGCAGAAACAUUGGCGAUUAUGAUGCUGCUUAGUAUUUUGAACAUACUCGAUAGGCACCUUAUUGGUCUGUAGUUUGAUGGGUUCAAUGUAUUGCUGUCUUUCGGGAGGAGGUAGGUGACAUCACGAGUGAAGAAUUCAGCAAGAUUGCGUGGGUCACAUACUUGUGGGAGCACUCAGAUAUCUUUGGAUGUAAUGAGGUAUGCUUCUUGUGCCAGUAGAUCUGAACACGACCGGUGUUCGGUAUUGCCCAAUUCCUCAGGUAGCGCGAGGCUUCACGGACAUCAUUCUCUCCGACGAUAAUAGCUAGCAUAUCUCCAAUUUCACCACAACUCUUCUCCUCCCGUCUUAAUCACAUUAGCUCGUCGCAAUUUUGUGGGGUCUCCCAAAUACCAGCCCAGAAGUUCGUCACAUCGCUAAUAACUGGCGAAUCUUCGUUGUAGUCGGCCUUCUCGUUGAUAAUGUGUUCGUAGACUGCUUUCCCGUUAUCUCUGAACAUACGUACGCUGCGCUUGGGUUUAAUUUUCAUCAGCGCGCGCUCAUAACAAACACGUAUUCUCUCUUGGUACGAGUUGUAAAAAUUUCAUAACCCUCCUAUACUCUCGCAUACGAUCUGAUAGACCGAGAAUCAAUGAGGUGGCUGAGUUAUUAAAACUGAAUGAAGUUAAAGAAAAAAAAAUAUUUACCGGAGUUUUUCCGUCCAAUUAUAUCUUUUUCUUUAAAUAAAUACCAAUAACGCCUAAAAAUACACUAUAGCAAUAUGAAAGAGCCACUUACAGUCUGUGAAUAUACGAGCUACGAUUUUGCGCGCGAAUACAAGAGAGAUAAACACGAGAGCACCGAUGAACACAGCGCAGAAUUCAGAUACAUCUUUUUUCACUUGUGUGAUGCGCGCCUCAUUUUACACACACACAUCAAAUUCUAGCGCCCGCUUUGUCUUUAUUCGUUCUGAGCAAAGCAUGAAAACAAAAGCGCACUCCCAUACCAACCGUAUAUGCUUGUGUGAAGAAAAAUAACUCAACAGAGAAAGCAAACCAGGCUCAAGCACGGUGUAAAACAGGUAUGAAAAUAUGGCGCAAAUCACGGCGCAAAAACGGGGCUAACAAAAAAACAUUCGAUCUGUUUUUCGGAGCGUACUCAUUCGCCAGAGCCCAUGUGUAUACAAGGAGUGAGAGCUCAACUGAGUAAAAAAAACUUGUUACACAUCAUCACCGCGUUGCAUACUGAAGACUGAUUGUGAGUGUUGGAGGACGACCGCUCAUGUCCGUCUCCGAAGCAGAUUUAAUAGGCACGGACUGCGAAUCUGUUUAUUUCCUGUGUCCACGCGAUCCGUCGCCUAGUGAUACCCACAACUGUGGACGACUAUCGUCUGGCAGUCGUAACACGUCUCGUAGAUCUUGUGACCCGUGAAUCCUACUCUAGGAGAGUUAUAGCGCUCUGACUCGCUCGCUCGUUUCAAAGCGUACCAUAAGUCGUAUUUUGCGGGGAGAUUUACAACUUGGUGAGUACAGGCGAUAUGUGAGUAAUUUGUUGAAACCCGGAUUGAUACCAAUACGACUGGAAUAACGCAUAAAAAACUCCUAAAACAGUUCAAAAACGUGGCUAGCAGCAAACCUAUCAGACUUCAUAUCCGUAAAUGAUUCCUAUCCGGUAGCCCAGGGCUUAAUCCAUUAGAUUAUUCACUUUUGACCAAGUAGGAGGAGCGUUGAUGUAACCGUUCCCAUCGAAAUUUGCACCCGUUGGAAAAUUCUAUCAAGAAGGUAGCCCGUGAACUUCCAUUUACAAUAAUCCGUGCAGCGAUUAUUGACUGGCCCAAGCGUUUACGGCUCUGCGUGAAAGAGAGGCGACCAUUUCGGACAAUUUAGUCAAAACUGGUAAUUUUAGAUAUGUUUAUACCCUCAAAUAAAAAUGUUUGCUUUAUAUCUAAUCUUGAUCUAAAGUUAUGAAUUUUCAAAAGUCUGACAGAAGUUAUGGCUAUACUAAGUAUGGGAAGAUGAUAGUGAAAGUAUUGAUAGUUAAUGAACCUCUUUCUAUUUAAAUACCUUGUAAAUGAUAUGAAUACUGAUGUUGUUGUAAAUAAACUGACCCCCUCGUAGACUA